GUUGUCACUCCGGGAACUUUGGGUGCGUUACUCUUGGUUAAAGUUCCACCAAGAUCAGAGAUAUUUGCGAUACCAGGAACUGCGAUUGCCGUAUCAAGCAAAGUUCAAGUGGAACGUACUACCGAUGGAAAUAUUAUUAUUGCAUUUGGCAGAAAGCUUGCUGGUGGCUCCUUAGUUUACCAUAAAUUUACGACCGGUUCAUAUCCUGGUGACAUUUUAUUGGGUCCAAACAAUUUGUCUGAUAUUGCUGUCAUCAAUAUGGAUGGUGCGUCAAAAUACUACGUUCGGAAAGGUGCAUUUCUCGCAAAAGGUCCACGAGUCUCGAUUCAUGUCAGCCGUGUAUAUGGCAUGGGUGCAUUGAAUGCUUUUGCAAAUUGUGUUACUGGCAGAGGUACACUGGCAAUUUCAAAUUAUGGGGCUAUCCAUCGAUUAAUAUUGAAUCCUGGCGAUAUUUAUUUGGUGAAUGCAAAACAUUUAAUUGCAUGGAACUCGCAGACAAAUCCUAUCGUAGCAUCAUCAUUAAUAUCACCUUCGUCCAUUACGAGAAAUAAACUAGUAAAGGUUAUGAGAGAGAGACUUUCAAAGAUAUCAUCAUCUUUUUUAGACACCUAUCUUAGUAGUCCAUCUAUAAAGCCCACCUUAGACAAUAUGAAGAGAAUAUCAGUGAAAACAAGAAAAUGGGCAUUUGGUGGUCCUGAAUUUUUGCAAUUGUCUGGACCCGGAGAUUUUUACUUGUCUACUCGUAUUGAACCUAUUCUUGGAGGAUUGAAAUCAUUUACAUCACCUUCUAUAGAAGAAAUUGUUGCCGCGAAUCCAGAACCAUCAAACAAUUCCUCUAGCCAACAAUACCCACCUUAUAUACCUACAAUGUCCUACGCCGUAGUUUCGGAUAAAGGCAAAGUUACUUUGAUAAAACCGUCUAAAGAAUCAUCAAGCGCUUUAACACUUCGUGGAAUGUUCAAAAAGUUUUGA